ACAUUGUCACUUAUAGCAUUCACUCAAACUUGUCAAUAAAAAAUAUCUGUCAUUAUCAGAAGAAAAGCAAACUCUCGAAUACACAUUGAUUUGAAUUCAAGAAAAGAUGGCACUGGCACGGAUGUUCACUCGACCGAUAAUACGUCAUCACAUCGGGCAAGUAUUCAAAACUAUUUCUUCUGCACCCAGACGUGUGGCUUUGCUUAAAAAUCCCUCGGUGUAUUGCAGUGAGAAUUUGAGAUUUAUUAGUCAUUUAGCUAUUAGAGAUGAAUCUGUAGAAGAAAUGAUCUGUAGGUACGAGUGCAUCUUCGGGCGGGACGACGCCGACGGCUGGGACGUGCGCCAGGCCAUGAACGACAUCGCGGGCUACGACUCGGUCCCGGAGCCCCGGAUUAUUAUAGCGGCGCUGCACGCUUGCCGCCGCCUCAACGACUACGCGCUCACCGUGCGCUUCUUGGAGAUGGUCAAGCUCAAGUGCGGCAACUACGAGGCCGAGAUAUAUCCUUAUAUCGUCCAGGAGGUUGGACCUACAGUAGCCGAAUUAGGAUGUGAUUUUCCAGAGAAUCUAGGGUAUGACAAGCCAGAGCUUUGGUUAGAGUCGGUAUAUGAAAUGUGAAGAAGUUUUUUGACAGUAGUUUUCUGGUAUAUAUGUAUUACCGUUUAGAA